GCACAGCUGGAUGAAGAAGGACAGUUUCUUGUCAGAAUAAUUUACGAUGAUUCCAAAACCUAUGAUCUGGUUGCAGCUGCAAGCAAGGUCCUUAAUCUAAAUGCUGGGGAAAUUCUUCAAAUGUUUGGAAAGAUGUUUUUUGUGUUUUGUCAAGAAUCUGGUUAUGAUACAAUUCUACGUGUCUUGGGCUCAAACGUCAGAGAGUUUUUGCAGAACCUGGAUGCUUUGCAUGACCACCUUGCUACUAUUUACCCGGGUAUGCGAGCCCCUUCUUUUAGAUGCACUGAUGCAGAGAAGGGGAAGGGACUUAUUCUGCAUUACUAUUCAGAAAGAGAAGGUCUCCAGGAUAUUGUCAUUGGGAUCAUCAAAACAGUUGCUCAACAGAUCCACGGUACAGAAAUAGACAUGAAGGUUAUUCAACAGAGAAAUGAGGAAUGUGACCACAUUCAGUUUUUAAUUGAAGAGAAGGAGUCUAAAGAAGAGGACUACUAUGAAGACCUUGACAGAUUUGAAGAAAAUGGUACCCAAGAGUCUCGCAUCAGUCCUUAUACUUUCUGCAAGGCCUUCCCUUUCCACAUAAUAUUUGACAGAGAUCUGGUGGUCACGCAGUGUGGCAAUGCUAUAUACAGAGUCCUUCCACAGCUGCAGCCAGGAAAUUGCAGUCUCUUGUCAGUUUUCUCCUUGGUCCGGCCUCAUAUUGAUAUUAGUUUCCAUGGGAUCCUCUCACAUAUCAAUACAGUCUUUGUACUGAGGACCAAGGAGGGGCUGUUGGAUGUGGAAAACCUGGAGUGUGAAGAUGAACUGACUGGCACAGAAAUCAGCUGCUUACGCCUGAAAGGGCAAAUGAUCUACUUGCCUGAAGCAGAUAGUAUUCUCUUUCUUUGUUCGCCGAGUGUGAUGAACUUGGACGAUUUAACCAGAAGAGGUUUAUAUCUGAGUGAUAUUCCAUUGCAUGAUGCUACUCGUGAUCUGGUUCUUUUGGGAGAGCAGUUCAGAGAGGAAUAUAAACUGACUCAAGAGCUUGAGAUCCUCACUGACAGACUGCAGCACACACUGCGUGCACUGGAAGAUGAAAAGAAAAAGACAGACACAUUACUGUACUCUGUUCUACCACCAUCAGUGGCAAAUGAGCUGAGACACAAGCGUCCUGUUCCAGCUAAGCGGUAUGACAAUGUGACCAUUCUUUUCAGUGGCAUUGUUGGUUUCAAUGCCUUCUGUAGUAAACAUGCCUCUGGAGAGGGAGCCAUGAAGAUUGUUAAUCUUUUAAAUGAUCUUUACACAAGAUUUGAUAUUCUGACUGAUUCACGAAGGAAUCCGUUUGUUUAUAAGGUGGAAACGGUUGGGGACAAGUAUAUGACAGUGAGUGGUCUACCAGAGCCUUGUAUUCAUCACGCACGAUCUAUCUGCCACCUGGCAUUGGAUAUGAUGGAAAUAGCAGGCCAAGUUCAAGUAGAUGGUGAGCCUGUACAGAUAACAAUAGGAAUCCAUACUGGUGAGGUAGUCACAGGUGUCAUAGGCCAAAGGAUGCCACGUUACUGUCUCUUUGGAAAUACUGUCAAUCUAACCAGCAGAACAGAAACUACUGGAGAAAAGGGAAAGAUCAACGUCUCUGAAUAUACUUACAGAUGUCUUAUGACACCAGGAAAUUCAGAUCCUCAGUUUCACCUGGAAUACAGGGGUCCAGUUUCUAUGAAGGGUAAAAAAGAACCAAUGCAGGUUUGGUUUUUGUCCAGAAAGAGUACAGAGACAGAGGAAACAAAGCAAGAUGCUUUCUGAGCUGAGGGAAGAGGAAGAGGAUGCUGGAUAGGGUGCAAUACUGUCUCCAAAUAGGGUGCCAGGCAGUAAGGUUGAAUUAUCGAUGUUAUUUCACAUCGUAUCUUCCAUUGCCAUGUGCAGUACCAUUGUCUUUUGCCCUACUCCUGAAAUCAUACUCACCAUUUUUCUCCAUGCUCGCUUGCUAUUUUUUUUUCCUUAAUGUUUGGUAUUGUUAUCUCUCUGCUGUGAGCAUGUAUUUCAAGCUUUCCUUUUUUUGAUAUGCAUUUUUGCACGUCAGUCAUGUGGCCCUUCCUACCACCAGAAUAAAAUUUUGUAGUAUGCACGCCACAACUAACCGCUUCAAUCCGAUGCUUCACAUCUUCAUCUUCAUCUCUGAAGUAUAGUGGUUACGUGAAUCAGUGACGGUUCUGGAAAGACAGGUAUUUCACUUGUUGAGCAGAACAAUGAGCCUAAAGAACUAUUUUUAAAAAUACUACCUAAAGCAGCAUUAUAAAAAUAAUUGUAUAAUGUUGUUUAUCAGAUUUAGUUCUGCUAUUACCGCACUUUCUAUGCAUUUUAUGAAUAACACUUGAUGCACUCUAAAUUCC